AGCUGCAUAAAAAGUGUUAAUCGCGGCCAUUUUAAAGUUGAUCUGUACUGUAUCAGGGGAUCUUGAUGACUGGAGCUAGCUGCUUUUAAAGUUAGGCGAACUCCGCAAACUAGAAUGCUUUUGGUAAUUUCAGAUCCUUGAGAAGUUAAGAUGGAUGGUGAAAGGUUGCUUAAAUCCUUGAGAGAUGGAUCCCCCAUGGACACUCUUGUAUCGGAUGUCAAGAUCUAUCUGGCUCCCCUACACAAGCACAAGUCUAAGUCCAGUAACGACUUGAUAAAGAAAUGUGGAGUGACUGCUCUGAAGAUGCUUCGAGGGUGCGUCCAGUCCAUUACAUCCCUGUCACUUGGCUCCCAACACCUGGCCUCUGUCAUGGAUGUGGCACGUACCUGCUAUGAGGGUAUCUGUGCUGCCAGAUCACACAUGGAGAUCAUUCCACUUUCCCUGGAGAAAGUCCUGUUCCACAUUGUGCUUCAGCUGGUCAACAAGACGAUGCUAAUGGAUGCUCUGUCCUUUGCAGACUUUCUAUACGCAGAGCUCAUCGCCUCUCAGCCACAGUUUGAGAAAGCCGAUGGCAUGGAUAAUGAGUUUGACACCAUUGCCAAACAAGCUUUCAACCAGCUCUGGAAGGCAUGUGCCCAGAUUGAAAAGUCCACAAAGACCGGGACCAGGCACAUCUUGGUGUUGAGUGCACGGCGUAAGUCACUUGCCUUUGUGAUGCUGACAAACCAAGACACUGCCUGGAUUGCAAAUGCUGCAUUGAGAGCAGGUGUGGAGAUGGAGCGAUAUUCCGGCAAAGACAAUUCUAACUCAGAACAUCUUUGUCAGUUUUUUGCUGAAACUGCAAAUGGACUCCUGUCAACGUUGGAAAGAAAAUUGAAGAAGAUACAAUCAGUAACAGAUAUGGCAAAGACUCUUGGUCCUGUGCUUGAAGUGUGCUUGCAGCAUUCAAAGUACUGUCUCCUCUCGGAAAGAACUGAAGCUGCUACUGAAGUUCUAACAAGAAUUCAAGCUGGUGCAGGAUAUACCAAGAUGCAGUCACUUACAACAGCUUCCUCUAAAUUGGUUUGUGCAAUCUGUGAUGUGAUAAGAAUUUCCCUUUCCCUCUCAAAACUGAAUCCAGGAAGUAAAGGCAAGUCAAAAUGUACUAAAUCAAAGCAAGCUGAAAAUGAAAGUGGAGAUAUGUGGCAUGAGUUGCAGCAUUCCUGCGAUGUCAUUGCCAAGAGUGUUGAAAUUGGAGAUUUGGAAUCACCACUCUACCAACCAAUUGUGGAUGCAUUUGCUUUCCUGAGGAAACAGAUGGAGGGUCUCAUCAACAAAGGUCAGCAUCAUCCUUCAUCUGACAUGCAUUGCACUGUUUACCAGGCACUUGCAGUCAAUCUAGACAUCUUGGAGACCUACAAGGAGCAUGUCUUGUCUUCCUUUCAAAGCCCUACUGAUGUUUACAGGGGGUUGUCUGUAACAGCUUUCACCACCAGGUUGGUCAACAAGCAGCUAACCACCCUGAACUUCAUGGCUACGCUCACCAUGCAAGAACUCAAUGCCCUCAAACCAGGUCUUCAAUCAGAGAAUGUCAAGCAACAGUUUGGAAGCAGGGCAGUCACUAUAUGCAAGAGAACCAAAACAGUAAUGGAGGAUGUUUCUAAAGGAGGAGGUGGAGUCAUCUCUGUUAAUGAACACCGUUGCUUAGGAAGCAAUGCAUACAAUUUGGGACUGAUCUGCUACAAGCAAGCGUGGUAUGACUUUGCAAGUAGCCUUGUCAGACUGGCCUGUGAGCAGCUUCAGUGCUGGUGCAGUACUGAACAAGGACCUGAUGAACAGAAAGUUCAGGAGAUCCAACUAGCUAGAAAGUAUGAGCUGCUGGUAGACUGUCAACGGAGAGCCAAGCUUCACCAUGAUGCCAUGACUACUGUUGCUCUCAGCUUAUUGGUCAUUCCAGGUCUUGUGUUUGAUGACAUCAGCAGCAGGGCAGAGCAAUGGGUCAAGGCAAAGAGGGAUGCACUGAAGAUUAAUGAUGAUCCAGAUCUGAGAAACAGAACACUUCUUGAUGCUUGUGAAGGAAUGGAGGAGGAACUUGCUUCAGAACAAUUGUCUAUUGUUGCUAUGGCUCUUGAAGAAGAGCUAAAAGUCUACAGAGCUCAGAGGCAUGAUACAUCUGUUGAGCAGUAUGCAGCCAUCCAGGAUCUCAUCAGGAUGUAUUCCAAUGAAGGUUAUGAGAUGGAGAGAGCGUCUGUACUCAUCCAGCUAACACAACUUCUCCAUUCUUCUGGUCUGGAGAGUGAAAGUUCCCCAGCAGAGGUCUGUAUCCAGGCUGUGGAGCUGCUAGAGGGUCUUACCCAGGAGAACCUUGGUGUACACUCAGACCUCUUGGCUCGAGCUAAAUUCUGGCUUUACCUCUGCCAACUGGAGACUGCAAUACAGAAUUCCAAUACCAGCUGCUCAUCACCCACUGACCUUAACAUGGACUCCAGCCAGGAAUCCUCCGUGAACACAUCCCAAGACGAAGAGACACCACCACCCUGUACCCUGACCCAGGAGUCAACCCAGAUGGCUCCCUUGGUCAGCUCCCUGGAUAUCUGGGACAGUCUGCUCCAGGUGGAGCCAUUCGAUCCAAGCUGCUUCCGGGAUCCAGCAUCCACCAUACGAUGUCUACAGCUGGCUGCAGACAUCAUGGCAGCUUCUGGCAAAGCUGUUGAAGAAAUCUGGGUCCUUAGCAUGCUGAGUAAGCUAUCCCACUCUACCUCCUCAUCACUCCAAGCCUUAGAGGCUGACCUACACCUCUCCAGACUUCUAGCUCACGUUGGUCUGCACAAGCAAGCUGCAGUCAUCAUUGAUAGGGCAGAGAAGGGUCUGAAUGAUGUCUCUGAGGCCAAGAGAUCUGCACUGGUUUCUGAAGUCCUUCUAGGGAAGUGCUGUGUUCUCCUGUAUUCCGGUCAGGUGGAACAGUUUGAAGAGAGCUUCUCUAAAUAUCUUGCUGAUUCGUCUCAGGCGUCUGGACACCGUAACUGUCACACCUACCUCACCUCGGCUCUGGCCAAGGAACUCCAUUCCUCUUACCUCUCUCUGCCCACAUCUCAAAGAAACCCCAAACUCAAACACCUCUCCGAGGACGACAAUGGAGAUGUGAUCAUACCCAUUGAUCUUCAUGUUGAGGCCAUGAGGAUUAGGAUGGGUGUGGCCAAAAUCGUCUUGGGAACUGGGAUGAGUGACAGCACAGACCAGUCCGACAAUGAUAAGUCUGCUACAUCUUCAUCCUCUGCAGAUGGAGGUCAACAGCCGCUGAGAUGGCGUGUGCUGGCUUCAGUGCUUGGUUCCCUUUCUGAAGUUGCUCAUGGCUUCCUUUUGCAAGGGUGUGUCAGAGAGGCUCAAUGUUACAUCACAGAGGGGAUGUCCCUUGCUCAAAAAUUCCAGCUACCUAGGAGGUAUGGCAAAUUGUUGCAGCAGCUGAUAGAAGUCCAGAUCAAAUGGGGCCAGGAAGAUGAAUGCAAAGCCAACCUGACUAAACUAAAAACAAUUGUUUCUAUGGAUAGUCAACCCUCACAGCCCAAGCUAGCUGAUGCAAGGACAAAGAAAAGUACAAAGGGAGGAAGACAGAAGAGGAAAACAACCAAACAACAAAAAGCUGUGACAAACACAGAAGAGAGUGAUGAAGAAGACUUCAUCAAGAGUCGUCCGUUAUCAUUCUCUAGAACCCUUGCUGGUGGUAUCAGUGUGGACAUGAGCAGUUCACCAAGCUUGAGACCUGCUCCAGUUUGCUCUUCCAAGCUACCAGGCUAUGUUGAUCAUCAAAAUCGGUGCAACUGUAAUCAAUGCACUGACCAUUCACUGCAUGACCUUGAAACUGGUUACUAUUUGGGUCUCGCUAGCUACCAUGUCCUUCUUUGCGAUAACGAAGCAGCAAAAGCCACUCUAGUAAUGGCUAAAGAAUUGCUGGAAUGGUCAAAAGAGUGUCUGCAUCAAGUCUUCAAACUAAAAUUGUCUAUGCUUGACAUACCAUCUUCCCUCCGAUGGACGUGUCAUCAUAGAGCCCUGUGCAGAGUAGUGUCAACACAGGCCCUUGUAGAAUUGGAAAUGGGUUGUUUUGACAAAGCACUGUCUUCUGCUCAAGAAGGACUAGCGCUGUGUGAGUCUAACAGUAUAUCCAUAGCUGUUGAUCUAGUUGUUCAAGCAUCAUUUCACUACUAUGUUGCCCUUGCUGGAAUCCACAUGAAAGCAAUGAACAGUGGAAACAGUGUAUUUGAUUCUUCAUGGACAUUGGUCAGAGGGAAGAACAUGGACUCUGCAAGUGAUGAAGUCAAUGAUGUAGCCCAUCAAUUUAGUCAACUCAACAUGUCUGUCACUGCAAAACAAAGGUCCUCAGUGAAGGAUACUAAUCUGUCUUGUCGAUUGUUCCAGAAUAUGCUAGACACAUCCACUUCCAGGCCAGAGAUGACACGCAAGAGAGAUUCCAGGGGUUCAGAGCAAGAUGCAGUACUUCCGGAAGAGCUGGGACUCUUUGGCGAUGUGACCUUUGAUGAAACUGACAAAAUAGUAGCCCCGGCUAAAGGGAAACCGAAAUCCAGUGAAAGUAGGGCUAAGAGUGCAGUGCAAGUCACAACGAAGAAGGGUGCUGUGAAAUUCAAGAUAGCCAAAAAGCCAAGUAGAUUCUCAAAGACUCUUGAAGUUGUUGAUCUUACUACUCCAUCAGAUGACGCAGAUGGCGUGUUCAGCUUUGAGGAAGAAACGGUGUGUAAUCCAAAGAAGCCUGCAAAGGGUAGAGGUAGGAAGGGUUGUUCUAAGCAGGCAGCAUUGAAGCCAAGAGAAACAGGGGAAGUUUUUGAUCUCACAACUCCUGAAGAUUCUGUGAGUUCAUUGACAACAACAAAGAAGUCAAGAGGAAAGGGACGUGGAGCAAGCAAAAAGGACAUCUGUGUAGAUGAGGCCUCUGUUGUGGAUGACAACUCUGAAAUCCUGAAGAUGGUAGAUGAAGUAAUUGGAGAGUUCUCAGAUACAAAGUCUGUGAAGAAAGAUGAAGCAGUGGAUGCUAAACCAAAGAGGGGACGAGGGAGAAAAGCCAAAGACACAAGCAAUGAUACAGGUCUCAAGGAAACUAAACCAAGGACAAGAAGAGGAAGAGCUAAGAAGGGAGAUUCUGGUGACAUUGAGAACACAAGGGGAGACCCAGAUCCUGGAUAUCCAGAACCUGGACCCCCAGAGCUUCUUAAAAUAUUGCAUGAUGACAGUAUGAAUGAGAACAUUACAAUAGAUGCCCUUCCACAUUCUCCUUCCUCAUCAGAUGUGGAAUCUCCAUCAAGAUUAGAGUUAUCAUUUGAAAAUAUCAGUCCUAGCAAACACCAGCCGGAGAUAUCUAUUUCAGAUGCAGCAAUGCAGAAAAAGCUGAAAGCUGCCAAAAAAGUUAACCCUCGGUCUUCAUCAAAGGGAUCAGAAUCGAGUGUAGAAUGUACCAUCCCUCUGGUUGAUAUGAACACAUCUUCAAGUAGCUUUCUGGAGACUCCAGCAGAACUUGACCUCAGCAUUGGAAAGGUCUUUGUUGACUCUCAAGACGACCUGGAUGACAUUGAGAUACCCAGGGCUGGCUCAGAUUCCGAGGAUACAGGAAAGAAGGGAAAGCGAAGAGGGAGAGGCACAAAGAAAACUUCAGUUUGGGAAGAUGUUGAGGCUCCCAGGGGAUGUGGCAAACAUUUGGAAGAGAAGAAGUCUAGAGCUGGUUCAAAGAAAUCAUCUAAGACUGGUGCUGAAGUGGCAGAUUCUGAAAAUGCAUGUAGUACAGAUCUGAAGUCAAUUCAAGAGCAGCUUGAGCAAGCCUACAACAUGAUCAAACAUCUGGCACCAUGCCCACUCUAUCGACACAUCUGCCAGCUCCUGGCUUUAUGCCAUGGGGAUAGGAACCCAGAAGAGUGCAGCCGUUACCUGGCUCAAGCUUCGUCAGUGACACUCAGGCAUCAGAAACUGUCCAGUCUUAACAAGAAAAUACGGAAAUUGAGGAAGGCAAGUGAUAAAGACGACGUCAGCCUCGUUUCAUCCAUGGGCUCUCUCUCGCUUCAGUCCAUCAGAGAGGAAAAGGAGAGACUCCGCAGUGUCAAGAAACACUUCUUGCCUUCUGACGGAGAAGACACCAUCAUCAAGGAUGUUGAAAAUGCUCUUCCUGCAGGCUAUACAGUAUGUCAGCUGUCUGUGGUAUCUAGCAAGCCAUCACAGAUCAACUCCUUGACAGCAUCUAGCCAGCUAGUCAUUACUAGGAUACAGAAAGGAGAGCAACCCAUCGUGGUCAGAUUACCAAUGAAUGGUGGUGAUGGGAUGGUAAAUACCUUGGAGAGGAUCUUGGCUGAGAGCAAGGAAACUGUAAAGGAGACGGACAAGAGGGUCUGGUGGACUACCAGACAAAGACUAGAUGAGGAGAUGCAGGGUCUGACUAAAGACAUGGAAAACAAUCUACUGUCCUACUGGAAGGGACUGCUCCAAGGAAGCUAUACUGAUCAAAAAGCUGAGAAGAAGCUGAAAAUACUUGGACAAAGACUCUGUGACUCACUCCAAGAGGCUGGACAGAGGGAUGUGAACCCUGUUCUUUGUGAGUGUCUUGUGGAUUCCUUCCAUCACCUGACUCACAUCCAGACCAACCAGGCUAUGUCCAGUCUAACAGGCCUUCAGUCAGGCAGUGAGGGUCUGACACAGCUUGCCAUUCUGCUCAAGGACUUGGCCAAGGAAUGGGAGAAGAUAAGGCCCAUGCAGAGGAAUUUGGUCAUUCUAGUUCUUGAUACAGCCAUCCAACAGCUGCCAUGGGAGAGCAUCCCUGUCCUGCAGGAGUGGCCUGUAUGUCGCCUUCCAAACCUCCACUUCUUGAUGUCCCACCUCAGGGCUAGAGAGUCUGGGGCAAGCGUCCUAGCCAAGGGGGUGAACCCAGACAAGGCAUACUUUGUCCUCAAUCCAACAGGGGACUUGGACAACACUCAGAAGACCUUCCAAGACUGGUUUCAAAAGGAAAACAAAUGGGCUGGAGUAGUAGGCAGAGCUCCAUCCAAGCCUGAGUAUGCUUCAGCUCUGACCGAUCAUGACCUCUUUGUGUUCUGUGGCCACGGCACCGGUAGGGAGUUCCUGACUGGAGAUGACAUUCAGAGACUCACAUGUAAGGCAGCUACUCUCCUCAUAGGCUGUAGCAGUGGCAAACUGCAGGUCAAGGGCUGCCUGGAUGCCAGCGGGAUGGCUCUCAACUAUCUCUUAGCUGAAUGCCCCUGUGUUGUUGCCAAUCUAUGGGACGUUACUGAUCGAGACAUUGACCGUUUCCUGGAGUACCUGCUGAAGGCGUGGCUUGCCACGUCAACCAAGUCCCCACCUACCAGUGACAACCAAUCACUAGCUGGCUUGCUGAACGAUGCCCGCAAGACAUGCAAGCUGAAGCAUUUAAUUGGUUUUGCACCUGUUCUAUACGGCCUACCAGCAAUCAUGCUGGAAGGCUGAAGUUCUGACAAGUUAAAUAGGUUGCAAUCAGCCAAACAAAACUCCUUCCAGAUGAAGAUUAUUUGAGGCUAUUACAUUUUAUGUGUACUUACCAUGAGGACGUCAUCUGUGUCAUCUUCAGAGCAGCCAGUCAGAGGAUAUGAAUCAAAGUAUCCUUUUUCAAAUUUUAUUAAUUUGUAGUUGGCUUCUAUUAUUUCAUAUUUUAUAUUCGCACUUUCACUUGAUAUGGUAGUCUUAUGCAUAAGCUGUAUCAAACUCAUUUACUAACUUUCCCCUGUUUCUUGACUAUUGGGUUAUUUGUGUAGUUGGUAUUUCUCAAUAUGUAUCCCUUUUUAUGCAAGUUUCCUCUUUGGAUGUUAACCGAUCAAAAAGCAAACAGAAAGAUCGUUAAGAUUCAUCAACAAUUUUAUGAUGUAAGCUAGUUCUUAUUUUUGGAUAGGAAAGUUAUGAAAGAGAGCCCUUAAAACCCUUUUUAUAAGGGUAUUAUUGUAUGUUAUUGUGAGUGAAGCAAAGUAGCAACAUAGCAUUAUGUAAUUUCAGGAUGCAUGGUAAUCUGUGCAUGAUACAGUAUUUUGCACCAUUUUCACUGUUUAUGUAAUGUUGCAUCACACCAAUCUUUGCUCUCCGAGUGGUGAGAUGUUGAUAAGAAGGGGCUGCCUACCGCCUUUAAACACACCCCCAAUGGACCCUCCUGCUCACCCUCUUACAAAAGCAAACAUUGCAUAACAUAUUGGACUGGCCUGGAUUACUCAGGGAGUCACCAUUUGAUGCUUUGAUGCUAUGUGGUACACCCUGCACCAUUUAGGGACUGUAAUAAUAAUGACCCCUAUUAAAUACGGUGGCAUUAACGAGCCAUUGUUGAGAGAGAAAAGUAGAAUGGCAACAUUGGCCUCUUAGCUCUAGAAAUCCAGUAUUUGGACUGCUCUUAUUUCUCUCCUCAUUAAACAUAGCAAAAAAGUGUGUGUGUAAAUUGGUGAAUUCAUUUCUAUUUUGUGAAGAUUAAAACUUUUUGUAAAUCAUCUGUUGAGAGCCAGAAGGGCGUUUGAAAUUAUUGAAUGUAACAUUCUCCUCUCUGUCAGAUGAAAUUCAAAAUCAGAGAUUUUAAGUACUCUCUCAUAUGAUAUAAGUGAAAUUUCAAGGUUUGCACAAAAAACUUGUACAUAUCAGAUCCAACACUUUUAUUUUGAAUAAACAGGUAUUUAUUUGAUAGAAAAUUCAAAUACCUUCUAUGCAUUAUCAUUUGAAACAUAUCACACGAUUCUGCUAAGUGAAAUGAGCAUACUCAAAAUUAUAUUGGUUUGAGAAUGAGUAUUUACAACUUUGUUCUACUUGAUUAUUCAUCACUGCAUUUAUGUGUCAUAAUGUUUGUAAGCUCUAGCACAAAUAUGUUUGUUUGAUUUUUUGUUUGUUACGCUGCACCUGUUGAUAUGUCCAUGAAAAGAUAUGUUUUCCAUAUUUAGUGCUCAAUAUAUUGGAUGCACAUGUAUGUGAAGUAAUGUAAGGAAAAAAAUGAAAAAAACCCUCAGUAUUCUGUUAAUAUUUUCAUCUCUGAUUUGGCAUUGUAUUGUAAUAUUGAAUCUGCUUUCACACAACACGAUGGUUAGGUUUACAGUCAAAUGCAGCGCAAAUUGUAGUUUUCAUCAAUGAGCCUGUCCUUUUUAACAGGUUUUACAAAUAUUGACAUAAUUUCCAUAUUUCAGCAGAUCAAGAUCAGUAUAUCAUUUAAUUGAUUUCAUUCAAAGUUUAUUGUGUUUCAUAAAAACAUAUUUCGUACAGUGUAUCAGAGUGUAUGGUAAACAUAAAUUUCAUUAUUGAUAAAAAUGAUAAAUGAUAAGCACUGCCGGUCCAUUUCGUGCUUUUACUUGUACGGGGUAUUUAUAGAAUUGUACAUGAAAGGGAAUAAAAGUAUGAUAGAGUUAUAUGUAUGCUUGCCAUUGUUAGUGUCAAGAAAAGUUAACAUUUUGGCGAGUUGUAAAGAACUAAAGAUUAUUUGAUUGUAAAGUUAUGGUUGUAAAUUAAGAUGUAUAAAUGCAGAUCCAAAUCAGGGAUGUUUUAUAAAAUAUUAGUGCACAUACAAUGAAAUGAUCUUUAUUAGGAAGAUCAUUACAUACUUCUGCCAAAUAUUUGGAAUAAAUUGUUGAAUAAAAGUGAUUGAAUGAUA